ACAUGAUAACAAGUAACUGUAAGUCAGACUGACAUCUAAUUAGACACGGUGGAGUCAGACACGAGUCAGCCGAAAAGAAAGGUGUCUAGGUAUAUCUACCUGAUCGUCUUCCUUGCUGAGUGAAGACUGAGGAGUCGGAAUGAAUUAGAGGAUUAAACGAAAUUGAAAGGAUGAUUUCCAUGGCGGCGACAAUCAGCUCCUUUUCACACUUCCUGAAUUCUGGAUCAUUACGACAGCUUAUCGUGUCUUCUUCGAAGAAAUCGAUUGCAUUCGGAGGACUCCCAAUAACAACUCAAACAAUUUCUCCUCUUUUACAAACUCGGACCAGACUACCAUGUCGUGUUAGCGGUACAAAUGAUGAAGAAACAGCUGCUAAAGUGGCUGCGGCAACCGCUGACAUUGGAGGUCCAACCAUAUUCGACAAGAUUAUAUCCAAGGAGAUACCUUCAACCAUAGUGUAUGAGGAUGAUAAGGUGUUGGCAUUUCGUGAUAUCAAUCCGCAAGCACCUGUGCAUGUCGUAAUAAUUCCCAAGUUCAGGGAUGGACUAACAGAGCUUGGAAAGGCUGAACCAAGGCACAGUGAGAUACUGGGUCAUCUUCUAUAUACGGCAAAGAUGGUAGCUGAGAAGGAAGGCAUCUUGGAUGGAUUUCGUGUAGUUGUCAAUAAUGGUCCUGGUGGCUGUCAAUCUGUUUAUCAUUUGCACUUGCAUGUGCUUGGAGGAAGACAAAUGAAAUGGCCACCUGGUUAAACAUCCUCAUGGACUUCUAUGUUAGGCUCGUUUAUCUUACUUCUUCCUAGAUUAAAAUGUGCUAAUCUGUAUUCUUUUCUUUUCUUUUCUUCUUGUUUGUCACUGUCAGUUCUAAUCAGAUGUUUUUAGUGAUUUCACUUGCAAAAUAAUGUUUAAAAUGCUUUUCGACGAGAGAUAGGGUAUAUGCCUUUUUCUUCAACUAGUUAUAGAGAAACAUUUUGGUUUCCUUCACAUGGGAAAAGAUAGGAUGUAUGCCUUCUCACUUUUACAAUGAAUCGACUCAAGUUUGAUUUC